AUGACCGGCAUCCUGUCCACUGUCAGCUGCGCGUGGUUUCCCGACUCCUCGGGGUUACUGAUCAAGUUGAUUGGACUGCCAAUAUUCGCCGCAUUCUUGGUGUGGGAGUUCCGAUCAUGGUAUCGGCUGAGAAAGAUCCCCGGCCCUUUCCUGGCAUCGGUUUCGGUUUUGUGGCAGUUGAAGAAGGCAGUUGGAGGGACUUAUCACGAGCACUUGAAUGAUGUUGCUAGGAAAUAUGGACCCCUAGCGCGCAUCGGCCCAAACGAGCUGUUAUGCACUGACCCCGACUCACUGCGCAAGAUGUCGGCCGUCCGCUCGCCGUAUACCAAAGGCGAUUUCUACGAUUCCGGCCGCAUCACCCCCGGCGUUGACAAUGUCGUCUCGAUGCGGGAUGAAGAGGAACAUAAGGCCAUGAGGGCGCGCAUGGCACCGGCCUAUGCUGCAAAGGAAAACGAGGGUUUUGGCUUCGAGACGGGCAUCGACCGUCAGCUCAUGAAUUUCGUACAAUUGAUUGACCAGCAUUAUGUCUCUACCGAUGCCGAGUUCCGACCGCUAGAUCUCGCUGAGAAGACGCAGUACUUUGCGUUAGACGCUAUUGGGGACAUUUCUUUUGGCGGCGCGUUCGGGUUCCUUGCAGAGGACAGGGAUCUGUUUCGGUACAUCGAGAUCAACGAGUCGUCACUACCCAUCAUGAACGUCGUCUCGGUGCUUCCAUGGCUAGGUCGACUUGUUCACAAGUGGCCAUUCCGUUUGAUGUUGCCUACAGAGAAUGAUCAAAUCGGGUUUGGGCGUUUGAUGGGUUUCGCUAGGAACUAUGCCGAAAUGAGACUACAGCCUGGAGCGAAGCCCCAGAAGGAUAUGAUGCAGGCCUUCAUCAAUCAGGGCCUCGAUCUGAACGAGCUCAUCCAGAUCGUUUACAUCCAUAUGUAA